AUGACUACUUGGUAUGAGUAUCGCAAACGGCUGCAAAAAUUUCAAACUAUUGAUAAAACAACUCAAAGAUUAAUUGAGAAAGAAAAGGAUCACUGGAAAAAUGUUUUAAAAAGAGUUAUUUCAAUAGUGAAAUUUCUUGCUAAACAUAAUUUAGUCUUUCGUGGUUCUAAGGAGAAAUUGUACGAAGAUAGCAAUGGAAACUUUUUGGGUUUGAUUGAAAUGUUAGCUGAAUUUGACCCAAUCAUCCAAGAACAUGUUAGAUGUGCUGCAACUCAAAAAGUUCAUAUUCAUUAUCUUGGGCAUAACAUACAGAACGAGUUGAUUUCAUUGCUUGGUUCUACGAUUAAAAUUGACAUCAUUAGAAAAAUCAAACAGGCAAAGUAUUUUUCAGUGAUACUUGAUUGUACUCCUGAUGUUAGUCACCAAGAACAGAUGUCUUUGAUAAUAAGAUAUGUGGAUAUUUCUUCAGCUUCUGUUAGUAUUGAGGAAUCAUUUUUAGGAUUUUUGAAUAUGAAUGAUACAAGUGGUCAGGGGAUUUUUUAUGUUUUACAAAAUGAAUUGAAAGAACUUGGUCUCGACCUAUUUGACGUGAGAGGGCAAGGUUAUGAUAAUGGGUCAAAUAUGAAAGGAAAACACCAAGGUGUGCAAAAGAGAUUUUUAGACAUAAAUCCGAGAGUCUUUUAUACUCCUUGUGGUUGUCAUAGUCUUAAUUUGGCAUUGUGUGAUAUGGCUAACUCUUGUAUUAAAGCUAGGAAUUUUUUUGGAGUUGUUCAACGCAUUUAUACAAUUUUUGCCAAUUCUACUAAGAGAUGGCAAAUUUUGAAAGAUAAUGUAAAAGGGUUGACUCCAAAAUCAUUGUCAUCCACUCGUUGGGAUAGUCGUGUAGAAAGUGUCAAAGCUAUAAGAACUCAAACGUUAGAAUUUACAGAAGCUUUGCUUGAAGUGUCAGAAAAUGAUCUUGAUCCUAAAAUACAAAAUGAAGCUAAAUCCUUAGCAACAAAUGAGCUUGGUGAUUUUGAGUUUUUGAUGGCUAUAAUUAUUUGGUUUGAAAUAUUAUCUGCAAUUAAUUCUGUUAGCAAGCUUUUACAGGAAAAGGAUAUGCUUAUUGAUGUUGCUAUGCAAAAAAUUAAAGGGUUGAUUUCGUAUUUUGAGGGAUAUAGAGAAACAGAUUUUUAUAAGGUAUUGAUUAACACUAAGGAAAUUGUGGUGGAAUUGAAUAUUGCCCCAAUAUUUCCUCAAAGGCGUAUAAUUAAAAGAAAAAGGCAAUUUGAUGAGAAUUUGAAUAUCCCAUCAGUCGAGCUAUCAGAAGAAGAAUCAUUUAGGGUUAAUUAUUUUCUUUACCUUGUUGAUCAAGCUGUUGUUUCUCUUAAUAAGAGGUUUGAGCAAUACCAAGAGUAUGAAAGUAUUUUUGGUUUCUUGUUUACUUCUCACAAGUUACAAUCAUUAGAUGAUGCAACUUUGAAGUCUUAUUGUACUAACUUUGAGCAGACAUUGAAACAUAAUGAGCAAUCUGAUAUUGAUGGGAAUGAAUUUUUUGCAGAGUUGAAGUUACUAAGAGAAAUGUUGCCUGAAGAAACCAUAAGACCUACUGAUAUAUUAUUAUUUUUAAAAGGCUUGGAUUGUUUUCCUAAUGCAGUUAUUGCAUAUAGAAUCUUAUUGACUAUUCAUGUGACAGGUGCUUCUGCAGAAAGAAAUUUUUCAAAAUUGAAGUUGUUAAAGACUUACUUGCGGUCUACCAUGUCACAAGAAAGGCUUAAUGGAUUGGCAUUAAUAGCUAUUGAAAAUGAUAUUUUAGAGACAAUAAAAUAUGAAGACUUAGUUGACGAUUUUGCUUCAAAAAGUGUUCGUAGGAAGGCUCUUUUUAUGUAG